AUGACUAAUUUGCUAGCAUUCCAAGGAAACAGCAAUGCGGAUAGUGUGGUACAUCAUAAAUUCCAAUACACCAUUAGGACACGAUUCCUGCGUUUUGUUCCUUUACACUGGAACGCAAAUGGACGAAUUGGUAUGAGGGUGGAAGUCUAUGGCUGUGCAUACAAGUCAGAUGUGGCAGACUUUGAUGGCAGAAGUUCCCUCCUAUAUCGAUUCAGUCAGAAAUCCAUGAGCACAGUGAAGGAUGUCAUCUCUUUGAAAUUCAAAAGUCUUCAUGGUGAUGGGGUGUUGGUGCAUGGAGAAGGGCAAAGGGGAGACUACAUAACACUUGAGCUGCAUAGGGGAAAACUUGCUCUUCAUCUAAAUCUGGAUGAUGCCAAGCUGCAUUCAAGUAGUGGCCACAUGUCUGUUACUUUGGGUAGCCUGCUAGAUGACCAGCACUGGCAUUCUGUCCUGAUUGAGCGCUUUAACAAGCAGGUUAACUUCACUGUUGACAAACACACCCAGCACUUCCGCACCAAGGGGGAUAGUGACUCACUGGAUGUUGAUUAUGAGCUCAGUUUUGGAGGAAUCCCACUUCCUGGCAAACCAGGGACUUUCCUGAGGAAGAAUUUCCAUGGUUGUAUCGAAAACCUAUACUAUAAUGGAGUGAACAUAAUCGACCUAGCCAAGAGGCGAAAACCUCAGAUCUAUACUGUGGGUAAUGUGACUUUCUCCUGCUCGGACCCUCAUUUGAUUGCUACAACAUUCCUUAGUUCUACAAACAGUUACUUGUUGCUACCAGCUGAUUCAUUAGGUGAUGGCCUUUCUGUGCGCUUCCAGUUCCGCACCUGGAACAAAGAUGGUCUCCUUUUGUACACAAAGCUUUCACAGGAGACAGAAAGCUUACUGCUCUUCCUCAUUAAUGGCAAACUGAGGCUCACUUAUCAGAAAUCCAUGCUUCACAAGGCAGAAAUCUCCACUGGUCAUAGUCUUAAUGAUGGGCUCUGGCACACAGUGAGUCUCAGCACUAGGGGACUUCAAAUAUCUUUGGCUCUUGACAAUGAGCCCUCAUCUAUGAUGGAAGUCAAUGCCCAGAUUGACUCUGGAGACAACUACUUCUUUGGAGGUUGCCCUAAUACCCUGAAUGAACUUGGCUGUAAAAACCCAACACAGGUGUUUCAGGGCUGUAUGCGUCUGAUUUUCAUCAACAACCAGCCAAUGAAUUUACUCCACGUGCAGCAAGGACUAUUGGGAAAUUAUAGUGACUUACGGAUCGACCUCUGUGGCAUCAAAGACAGAUGUUUACCAAAUUACUGUGAGCAUGGAGGCCAGUGUUCUCAAUCCUGGAAUACUUUCUACUGUGACUGUUCUGGAACGGGAUACACAGGAGCCACCUGCCAUAACUCCAUCUAUGAGCCAUCAUGUGAAGCCUACAGGCAAAUUGGUAGCACUUCAGGCUACUUUUCCAUUGACUCUGAUGGAAGUGGUCCACUAGGUCCUACACUGGUGUACUGCAAUAUUACAGAUGGUACCCCGUUCUCGUGGUGGGUAGGCCGGACUGGUGAGAAGCACACCUACUGGGGUGGUUCGAUGCCUGGUGUCCAGCAGUGCUCCUGCAGUCUUUUAGAAAACUGUAUAGACAUGAACUAUUUCUGCAAUUGUGAUGCUGACAGAGAAGAAUGGGCCAAUGACACAGGCAUCCUCUCCUAUAAAGAUCACUUGCCUGUGAAUAAAAUUGUGAUUGGCGACACGAGCAGAACUGGUUCAGAAGCAACUUACAGAGUUGGACCUCUCUGCUGCUAUGGUGAUAGAAAUGUUUGGAAUGCAGCCUCCUUUUAUCAGGAGUCUUCUUAUCUUCAUUUUCCCACGUUCCAUGCAGAUCUCAGUGCAGACAUUUCUUUCUACUUCAAAACUACAGCUGAAAAUGGGGUGUUCCUCGAAAACCUAGGAAUCAAAGAUUUCAUAAGGAUUGAGCUGAGAUCACCUUCAACAGUGGUGUUCUCUUUUGAUGUGGGAAAUGGCCCUGUUGACCUUGUUGUGACAUCAUCUGUCCCUUUAAAUGACAAGCAGUGGCACUAUGUAAGAGUUGAGCGCAACAUUAAAGAGGCCUUGCUACAGGUCAACCAGUUGCCCAUCCGAUUUCAUGAGGCUGCAUCUGAAGGACAUUUCCGCCUACAACUCAGCAGCCAGUUGUUCGUAGGAGGAACACCAUCAAGACAAAAGGGAUUUUUAGGAUGCAUUCGUGCAUUGACUCUGAAUGGUUUAACCCUAGAUCUUGAGGAGAGGGCAAGAAUGAUUCCAGGGGUCAGUUCAGGUUGCCCUGGCUAUUGCAGUAGCUAUGGCAGCCGUUGCCACAACAGAGGAAAGUGCAUUGAGAAAAAAAAUGGCUACUCCUGUGACUGCACCCAGUCUGCUUAUGAAGGACCUUUCUGCAAAAAAGAAGUAUCUGUCUUCUUUGAAGCUGGCUCCUCAGUGACCUAUAUGUUCCAGGAACCUUUCUCUGUUGUACAAAACAAAAGUGGCCAGUCUUCUGCUGUCUACGCUGAGAUAAGCAAAUCGAGGGAGAAUAUUGCCUUCAGCUUCCUGACGACACGUACCCCAGCUAUGCUGUUCACUAUCAGCACUUAUUAUCAACAGUACAUGGCUAUCAUUUUAGCCCAGAAUGGAAGCCUACAAAUCUGGUAUCAACUGAACAAAGAAAAGAAGACAGAUAUAUUUUUCCCCCAAAUCACCAACUUUGCAGAUGGACAGCUUCACUGGGUUCGAAUCCACCGUGAAGGGAAAGAUGUAAACAUCCAAAUUGACCAGGAUGUAAACACAAAAUAUAGUUUGUCCUCAGAAGCAGAGCUGAAUGCAAUCAAAUCUCUGACUUUGGGCAAAGUCACAAGCAGUGCUAUAGAAGAUGAAGAUGUGGCACUGGCUGGAGUAAAGGGUUUCGUUGGAUGUCUCUCCUCAGUUCAGUUCAAUCAAGUAGCUCCUCUAAAGGCAGCUUUACAUCGUCAUGACAGCUCACUGGUUUCAGUGAAAGGGCGUCUGAUAGAGUCCAACUGUGGUGCCAAAAGCAUGGCUGACUUAAACACUUUCACCACAACACACUCUCUGUCAGAUCAUUCUGAGAAAUCAGACAGAGGAAAAGAGCCACUAUCAAAUGUAAUGCAAACUGAUUUGGCGGUUAUUGGAGGUGUCAUUGCUCUGGUGAUAUUCAUCACACUCUGCAUUGUGGCAAUAAUGACUCGUGUCCUCUAUCAACAUAGAAGAGGUGAGCAAACUGCUGUUGUGAAGGAAAAGGGGCACCAUCAUAGUUUGGAACCUACUUUUCGAAAUGAUCUGGACCUCCACAAUUCAGUCCAUGACAGUAGGAAAGAAUACUUCAUCUGACCACUGCUAUAUUUUUAGUACACAUUUGUAUUUUCCAGUUUACAUACCUGUCCAAGAUUAAACAAAUGGCCCUGUGAAAUAUAUACAGAUGUGUGUAUAUAAAUAUACAUACACAUAUAUGGACUCUUUAUAUACAUUAACUUUUCACCACAGCAUUCACCAAUUGGACAUGCAGAAUGUGCACCCCCAUUCAUUUACAAUUAGAAUUCUGCUUAUAGCUUAAGGGGAGAAAGAAACAUAGGGUGUGUAUGUAAGGUUUGAGUGGGGAUGGACAGCUGGCGAAAGUUGAAGAAAUUUCAAAGAUUUAAUAGACUGUGGAGCUAUUAUGAAACAUUUUGAAGUUAAAGUGCAAUCAUCUGCCAUAGGGAUAUGACAGCACACAACAGUAAAGCUUUCUAUAUCUUGUUUGUGAGUGAAAAUUGCAGGACUGAAAUCAAAGCAUUGAGCAAAAAUUUAAUCAACUUUUUUCUGCUCAAAGGAAAAAUGUAUUAAAGUACACCUAGAUGCAAUACAUACAAUGACAGAGAAUUAUUUUAAAUCUCAUGAAUCCAUAUUACUUUGAGGUUUCACAUCGCUUGUGGGGUUUAAAGAUAUUUGUGUUUCCUCAUGCAGAAAAAAAACAGAACUAUUUUCACGGGCAAUUCAUAAAAUUUGUAUAAAGGCUUAAAAAAAUAUAAUUCUGGACUGUGUUUAAGUAAUGAAAGUUAUAUCUGAAUUUAAUCCAAGCUGACACUGCCUUAUUUACCACCACAUACAUUCCAUACAAACACAACACAUUCAAAGCAUUUGGUCAAAAUCAGGAGACAAUCUGUAAAACAGUAAGCACUAUCAGGAAGAAACUUUCAAUUUUAAAAAGGUACAAUUAAGUGUGUAGGUGUUUUACUUAUUUUCACACACUAAGCAAAAAAGGAUAUUGGUUUAAUGAAUAGAUGCUAGCUACUGUAUUGCAGGUAUGCCUUGACCUGUUAAAACACUAUGAUAUACAAUGGGGGAAUGUCAUGAUGUUUAAUAAUUACCACCCUUUUCCCUAAACCAAUAAAAUGUAUAAUUAACAUGAUCUAAAAACAUCAAGAACACCAUUAACGUAAGAAAUAUAUACAUAUAUUCCUCCAGAAUAACCUACAUAAAACAACUUAAUUUUAUCUCCUUUAAUUUGUGCAGUGUGCUUGAAAUUCUGCUUUUUAUGAUUAUGUAAUGUUCUGUUUAACAUAAUUUGUCAAUUAUUCUGUUACCAAGUCUAUGCUUAUAAAAGGGCAUCAUAGAUUUCCAUAUGUGAAAAAAUAAGACCCAUAUCCUAGACUAUACAGUACAGUUACUUACAACUUGUUGCUUUGUGACAUAAUUUUUAAAAUACAUAAUAAUUUUAAAUACUUUUCCUCUACAAUCUCUAAACCUUCUUAUGGAUGCAUAAUGCUGUAAUAUCUGCCAAAACAUAUCUGAGUUUAUGAUGGAGUAUGUACAUCUAAGGCAUAUCUGUUUCUGUAAUAUAGCAGAAAAAGGCCUCAAAUAUUAAUCUAUCAGGUGUUUAGUGGGACCUUCAAAGAAACCCCAUCGAAUUUGCAGAACACAUUAGUAUUUUCUAUGGUCGUAAUUAAUGUCUUAACUAUUUACUUUAAUUUUACAACCAGUUUUUAUUCAAAUUUGAAGUUUAAUCAUUUAUCAUGUACUGAUGUCAAUUAUGAAUAUAAGCCUUCAAUGUGAGGUUAAAUGCAAAUAUUUCUUAUUUUUAAUUCUUAUUUAUUGAAUAUCUAUAUAGUCACUUACUGUUAAUUUUAAAUUAUUGUUUAGCUUGCAAAAACAUUUUUUAACAUUCACUCCUGAUAUUGUACUGUGUUUGAAUAGCCAAACCAUUUAGAUUGAAGGGAUGAGCAUAUUCCAUUUCUAAAGUACACAUUUUACAGGUUCUUUACAAAUGGAAAAAGCUCAAGACAAAAUCUACAUUUGAUGUGACAGAUUUUUCAAAUACUUAGUUAUAUAAAGGAGCUAUAUAACUCCAGCUGACAGCUAACAGUAAAUAACUGCAAACAGCACAAACAGUGAAACCAACCACAUUAGUUUGUGCUCCAUUUGUGCUGGUUUAUGUUGAAAGUAACAUUUGUGUUGCUUUUGUUCCUGUGAUGUAGCGUCUUAUUCUUUCAGGAAUAUGACAUCACUCAGCUCAUCCAUUAAGUAGAAGGAGAAUCAGACCAGUGUCUUUCAUUGGUGAUAUGUUUGUUGUGUGUAUGCUAUUGAAAGUAGCAUAUUAUUUUUUUGUGGGUGUGAUAUCACUUACCUCCUAUAAUCCUACAGUAGAACCAAAUCUGUCUUAUUUGUUUGCCAGGCGUUUUUGCUUGUUUGUACCAUUGAAAGUAGAGUCUGUGUUGCUUACAUUUUUUAGAUCAAGCACAUUCUUUUUUGGAGAUAUGACAUCACUCAGCCCCCUCCAACAGCACAGGAUAACUGAAUCGGUCUCAUUUGCUUGUGUUACACUUGCGCCACUCUGUACAUUAAAAGAAACAUCUGUCCUGCUUUCAUCCCAGAGAAAUAAUUAAUUU